AUGGCCAAGAAUAGUGUUUUCCAGAAGAGUUCUGCAAUGGAGGCUGUAUGGUCUCAGUUACCCGACGAAGUAAUAGAAAGCAUUUUCAAGUGGUUUCCAUCAGAAUCACUUGCCAGGUUCCGUGUAGUGUGCAAGGAGUGGAACGACCUACUAUCUAGUGAAGAUUUCCUAACUUGGAGGAGGAAAUUUUUCAAAGAGCAUCCAUGGCUCCUCGUUGUCAAUGAACGAUCAGAUUGUUACCGUUUAAAUGUGUCAACAAAAGAAGUGAAGCGUUUUCCUGUUAAUCGUUCCGUAUGGGCAUCACUGGGAGGAAUACUCCUCACAACUAACAAUAGGUUAGACGAUGAAGAAUUAUUUUUGUACAAUCCGCUUACUAGAAAACAAACUGAAAUUGUUCAGAUGAUGAAAGUUUGUCAAGUGGAAUGUGCCAUAGUAUGCAAUCCAGUAUGUGAAAGUUUUGUCCAACUUCCUCGAAGUUGGAAAGUAAGCAAAGAGCAUGGGAUAACAGUGGGAGACAUUUUGUGGAAGGGCGCUCGAUAUAAAGUAGUAGCAAUGCGCAAGGAGUUCAUAGAGGCUUAUGACUCUGUAAAACAAUCAUGGGUAAUCGUACAACAGGUUCCCAGACGAACUGCUACGAGUAUAGUUUUCUUUAAAGGUUUAUUUUUCUGUAUCGUUGGCCACUUCGAUAUUCACGGUGAGUGUGGUGUUAUGAUUUUCAGCAUUAAAGAUGACUGCACAUGCCACAUGGUAAAUAUAUUUUCGCCUAUACCCCAAACUUCUCCUCCGUGGUUGGAGCCUUACAUAUUCGUAUGUGGCUCACAAUUUUUUCUCGUAAGGCAGGAUUCAAUUCGAUUAUAUUUGUGGGAGUUAGAGUACGAAGAUAAUCUAAACACAAAUACAAACCUCUCCUGGAAGGCGAUUUCAGCGAUGCCUCAAGAGGUUUUGGAGUUUGCCAAUUUAGGCUUCGAUCUCAAAAAACCAAGGAAACUAUGUUCUACAGUAGGCUGGUUUAAAUCCUUCGCAGCCGGGAGUUAUAUCUGCUUCGUAAGAGAAGGCAGUGGAAAUGUAGUUUUCUUCAAUACAGAAAGUAGAUCAUGGAGUUGCUUCUCAGUAGUUGAUAAUGUAGAGAAGUGUGCCAAUGCUGACUAUGCAUAUGGCUUUGAACCGAGGCCUGAUAUAUCAUUUCAUGAAAAAUGCUUUUAUUAG